AUGAAGAAGCGACAACGCACCAGCGCAGCCAGAGAGGAUGCCGAGGAAUGGGAGGUUCAGGCAGUGACAGACUCUCGCCUGAAGUUGGAGUACACGGUCCGCUGGAACGAUGGCUCUUCGACCAACGAGCCGCUGGAGAAUCUGAUUCCAGGUAGUGGGGAAGCCGUGGCCGAAUUUCAUCGACAGCACCCGAGGAAGCCUAACUUGGAGCACAUUCGCAAUACUGAUCACCCGCAGCCUCAACUUUCAGAACAGCUGUCCGCGCAACUCCGGGCUUUGCAGGGUGAGUACGAUGCUCUCCAAAGAGCCUUUGGUGCUCUCCAGAACCGACAUGGCCUCCUGUGGGAUACAAAUCAGGCUCUUGUCCAUGAAAACCAGAUGCUCAAAGUUCCCCGUCUUGCCGAUGCUACAGACCCGGCGCCAUUCGCUCCGCAUCAAAAAGCCAUGCUCGAGGAGAACGCACGACUCAAGGGGGAUCUCCAACGUGUGCAAGAACGCACCAAUGAGGCCAACGCCAUUGCUGAGCACUGGAAGAUGCGAGCAGGGUCUUUAGCGGACGUGGAUCGACUGUCUCAACAGUUGAUAGCACAUAACAAACGCCUUUUGGCACAAAAUGCUGAGCUUUGGGCCAAAGUGAGGGUCAAUGCUGGUAGCACGCCUUCUAGCGCUUCGCAACAAGCACCAGACCAGCCAAAUGUACCUAAUCAGCAUCCGCCAGCUGGUUUGACAGUCCCACGGACUGGCAUAUCGAGCUCGAAGGACACGCCAGAUUCGAUUCCCAAGGAUAACGAGACGCAACCACUUCAAGAACCUUCCCGAUCUUCAGUGCCCAAUGGCUCGUCUCCGGCCACGCCGGAAAUGUUGUCCAAUACAUUGAUACCACACCAAAGCCAGACGUCUAUCACUUUUGCUCCUGGCACCCCGGCAAGCACAAGCAAAGUGCCUUCUCAAGCUCUGAAGCCGUUAUCGACUGCAGGGUCACCAGCCUCGCAGGCCCAUUUCAACAAGCUCGCUGGGCUCAAGUGUCAUCACUGCUAUCACGAACAUUCAAACUGCUCCUACGUCCCAGGCGUAGAGUGCGCGACAUGCGAGAAGUUUGGCAGAGACUGUCGUGAGGUAGCGCGCAAUGAGGAUGGGAGCUUUCCGCUGCCACGAGCGACUCUGAGGCAACAGCGACUGAGGGAGACCAAAUCAUUGCAAGCAGAGCAAGCUAAGCAUGCUGGCGAUGAUGUCCCGGUCGUCGUCCCAUACGAAAUGCUCAAGCCGAACGGAACUAAAGCUGCGCCGGCAGAUAAGCCUGAUAUGCAACCGAAGGAUCUCGAUGACGAUGACAAUGACGAUGGGACUUCCCUCUUCAUACCCGAGCAAAAACAUCGAUCGUCCGGCCUUGGAGAAAAACAGUCGCCAGCAGCUCCGCCCAACCAGACUGAGUGGACUAUACCUCGGGCAGGCCAUGGCAGGACAGACUGGGCCGCAGAGGCGAAAGUGCGCUGCCAUGCUUGCUACCAUACGGGCUUCAAGUGCAAGUAUGUGCCAGGACAGGACUGCUACCAAUGCACUCGCACCGACGGCGGCCGCGCUCGCCGCAUAUGCACGCUGGUAGAGACCGAGGAUGGCGCUGCACCACUACCCCACAACGUAUUAAGGGCGGGGCAGCGUAAAGAGAAACUCCGAAAUGAGGCCAAAAGUACUGCCACUGCCACGGACGGCGCGCCCACCACGAAUGGUACUCCUACCGCGAAAGCCAGCUCUGCUACGCUGUCGACCUUCCGAAAGGAUAAUGAUAACCUGAAAGCUGAGGUCCGUACUCUCAAAGCCGCGCAGGGGGCCAUGGAAGACACUUGGUCCAAGCAGAUAUCGUUGCUUGAAGAGGCGCUCUCGAAGUAUCCUGUCAAUGGCACAGCUGAGUCGCUACCAGCGUGUCGUAAGUGUGGAAGCACUGAGUCUGUGGGCUUGCGAGAAGUCCCAAAUGGACGUCUAAAUCUGUGUCACACAUGCGGACUGCAAAUGGCUCGGCAAGGCAAGCCAGUAGAGCAACAUGACCGCGAGUUGAGGGAAGAAAUCGGUCGUUUGAAAGCAGAGAAUCUUGCUCUGAGCACUGAGAUCGCGGCGCUGAAGCAACGACUUGCUACGGUAGAAAACGCUGUGGUCGGCUGGGGACCAACGCAGCUUGACUCUGGGCACGAGACGAACACUGUUGAUCUGACCGAAGACUGA